AUGACGGAUCCGAGCGCCUCACUGCUCUCCACCAUUCGCUCGGUGCUCGAGGCAUCGCCGCCUGCCGUUGCUGAGCCAGGAACGCUGCGGUGCCACACGCUCUUCUCCAUCCCGCGCCAGGUCAAGUCGCUCUAUCCACUCGCGCACAUCCACCCACACGACCUUGAGCAUAACAAGCGCGCCGCGUCGAUCGCUGCGUUCGAAGAACAGAUCUUCAUCACCGCCAGCUGGAUACCCAAGCAGUCCGCCCCUGGACAAGCGAAUCCGAAAACCGAUGGAGACGCGGGCGACCCGUUGCUCGUGCUCGCUAUGGAGCUGUACCUCUACACCAUCUCCGAAAGCGGAGCAGCGGUGCUGUACGUGUCGAAACUCGACUCGAGCGGGUUUGGACCGCGGGCUAUUCCGACCGCCAUGCGCGAUUCGCUGUCCGGCGAAGUGUUUGAUGACAAAAGAGUGUUUGGAAACACGCUCACUGCCACGCUGUCGUCGGCAGUCACACAGCACUUUACGACGUUUCGACACUGGGAUACGGACAAGGGCCAGGGGGGGAUCUCGCAUGUGUCGGUGCAUAUACUGGCGCGCAGUCAGAGGGCGUACCUGUUUCCAUCGAGUCCGGAGAAUAAGGAUAAGAAGGUGCUGUCCGAUGGUGCGCUCAUCAAGUGGUGGCGCGCCGUGAUGAGCGAUGUGAUCGUGCACACGCGCGAUCAGGGCGCUCCGGUCCGCAAGGCACAUGACGUACAGGGCGAUAUCGACGCACGAGCAUUCUACCUCAUCCCGGGUUACUCCAAGGCCGAGUCACAUCCACUCGUACCGCUUGUGCGCGAAUCCGAGUCCACACCUUCCAGUGGCAGCGCCGGGAGGGCCGAGGAUGUGCUGCGUCAAGCGGGGUGGGUGUAUGGCCAUCCGUACAGCGCAGCCGGUGCGUCGUGUACGGACAAGGAUCUGCCGCCGCUGCCUCUGCACUGGCAGACUUCACCGUUCGUCCUGUCCGGCUCGGGCGAGAGCAGCAAGGUGGUGCAAGAACCAGGCAAGGAGGGGUACGACCCACGAAGGGUGCGCACGGUACCCACGCUCAUGCCUCACUUUUCGGACGAUCCCAAGACGCGCUUCCUCGACGAGAUGGCGGGCGAUGCACACGAGCAUUCGGGCUGGAAGAAGAAGACGUCCACCCACGCACCUGGUGUGACGCAGGAGGAAAAGCAAAACGGCAUCGAAAAGCAUCUCGACCUCACCACCAGCGGAGCAUCCAACAAGCGCCCUGCAGGUGACGAAGGCGACAGCUCUGCGUCGCAAAAGCGGGCCAAGACGGAAGAGAGUAGCGAGGCUGGGGGGUCGACGGGUGGAAGUGGAGUGCCUCUGGUUACGCUGCGUGCGCUGAUGCGCGAGCGCGAGCUGAUGGACGACUUACCCGUGGAUGAGUUCUGGGAGCGUAUGGCGUUCCGCCAAGAAUGCUGUGCUGGCAACGCAGUCGGCGUCCUCGUGAUCCUCUUUACGCGUCACCCUUCUGCCGACUCUGCAGCCAAGACGCCCGAACGCCAGCCACUAUCGAUCCCCUAUAAAGUGCUGGGCGAUGUGGUGUUCAAGUCGCUCAUGAAGGACACGUGCGAGUGGAACAAGAUCACGCACGCGCGCCAACUCACCUCGGCCUGGUUCCAUGCCGUCGACAAGGAGGUCCGCCGCAAAGGUGGCGUGGCCCAACUCCUUGGAAACGACCUUGAAGAGGGCUUGAUUGGACAAGGCAUCGUCUGGCAGGACUUUGAGGUCGUCGCACCAACAAAGGCCCAGAUGGAAAAGGCAAAGCACGACGCAAAUGCAGUCGAGGGCGCAAAGACAACCGCCGCGCCGGCUAACAUGCUCAGCGUCAAGCGCAAGAAAAAGCCAGCAGCAUAA